AUGGCUUCUGCGAGCGAGAUCCAUCGAUUGUUUCCGGCCUCACCGUCUGCUUCAGAGGCUAUUGCUAAGUUCCCCUCUCAGAUGAUGGGUCUGGUGCGGUCGAGCCCUGCUCUUCCACUCGAGCCGCCGGACCCGCCUGAUCCUCCGGCAAGACCUCCUGCAACUUCGCCGCCACAGUCUGAGGUUACAGCUCUUCUCCUUCUACUUUCUCGGUCUAGCCAUCUAGAUUUGUACGGCACCAGAUCUAGAAGUCCAUAUUGUUCUCGAAGCUUGAAGGGGCUAUCUACAGAAUGCUGCUCCCUUCGUCCUUGGGCUCGAGACGCGGUGGCUCAACCCCAUGCUCAAAGGUUGAUGUGUCCAUCUCCCUUCCCCUUGCCGAGAUCCGACGUCAACUCCCUUGGUCCCUGA